AUGUUGCUGACCCUAUCAGCGUCGUCCAUUCCAUCGGAUUCGCUAGCUUCGCUCUCCACGCCGCGACGCCCCUACUCGCUGCCGUUUCGCGCCCUUUCGCGCGCCGCAGCCCCCGGCAAGGAGGGGCCUUUCGCGGCGUUCGUCCCCCGCACAUGCGCCAUGACCGCCGCUGCGCCCAUCGCGGACGAUCUACGCGCGCUGGACGGUGGCGCCCACCUGCCCCCGCAGGACUCCGCGGGGAAGAGCUCCGCGGACUUGGCGGAGCGCAGGGAUGAUGGCGCGCAACAAUCACGCGGGGAAUGCUCGCACGCGGAGAAGCGGAAGCUGAGCGCCAGCGGCGACGCCGAAUGCCGCAUUGGCGGCGAUGCGGCUGCGGCGCUGCCCGAGGGAACGGAGAGCAAAGCCGACUCGACGAGAUCCGCGGAACCCGCCGCGAAGAGACCCCGCGCGAGCGCCGAUCACGACGAAAAGCCGCCACUGGCGCAGCUUGCGGAGUCGAACAGCCACGGCCGCAUCUCGCCGCGAAAUGCUCCCGCCUCACCGCCCGCCGCCGCGCCUCUCCCUGCGUCUGCAGUGCACCAACCCUCUGAUCUUCCGCCCCGCCUCCCCUGGGCGGCGCCGCCCGUUGACUCGACGGUCAACGCCACCGGCCAUCCCGCUGCUGACGCCGCUGCCAAGUCGGGGGAGAGCGGAGGCGCGGGUUUGGAGGAAGGGGACGAGGCGGAGGGGGAAGAGGUCGAGGGGGAGGGCGAGGAGGCGGUUGGCGGAGUGACCGCCGCGGAUGGCGGCGCGUGCGGGAAGAAGAAGCGGUACCGUUAUAAGCGGCUGUCUAAAGCGGGUUACAUUCCGGACGACGGGCAGCACUGGCACAAGUACGGGCAGAAGAACCUCGUCGACGCGGGAUACUGCAGGGCGUACUAUCGGUGCGCGCGCAGGAGCGCGGGGUGCGCGGCGAAGAAGACGAUCGACUUCCCCAUCCGGGCGUACUAUCGCUGUGCGCGCAGGAGCGCGGGGUGUGCGGCAAAGAAGACGAUCGACUUCCCCAUCCGGUGGGGGCUGGACAUGCGCGUCACGUACAGCGGCCAGCACACGCACGGCCUGCCGCCCAGGCUGCAGCGCGAGGUCUUCACAUACGCCACCACGCCCGCCCAGCUGCCGCCCAACAUCUCCGUGCCGCCCAACGUGCUCGCUGCUGCGGCAGCCAAUGCUGCUUCAGCCGGCGCUGCUACAGCCGGCGCUGCGAGCUCCUCUGCUGCGUCUGCGGAAUCCCAUCCCGCCAGUGCCGGCCCGUCCCCCAUCUCACCCCCGCUCACUGCUUCCCCCGCCCCACCCGCUCCUGCUCCUGCUGCUGCUGUUGCUUCUGCUCCUGCUGCCGCUACUCACCCUGCUGCCUCUGCCCCUCCUGCUCUCAACUCACCUGUUAUGAGCGGCGCUGGUAACCAUGUAACUGGUAACACGGCGAAUGCGUGCAGCCCUGCUCACCACGGGCAGUCACAGCCCACCCAGACGCCCCCUCGCUUCCUCUCUCCACAGCAACCACAGCAACCACAGCAGCCGCAGCAGCAGCAGCAGCAGCAGCAGCAGCAGUAUCAGCAGCAGCAGCAAGCAGCGCAGCAGCAAGCAACACAGGGGUACCGCUUCAGCCCCACAAUGCAACAACCGAUGCCACCCAGUCCGGGCCUGGCCUCCCCUGGAAACUUCAUGCUGCCGCCACCCGCCUUUGCACCCAGCAGCCGUGGAAGCAACGCGGAGCCUUCCAAGCCUGUCGCUGCAUCUACCUUCCGCCCCUUGACCACCACCUCCUCCUUCCACCGCUACCCUCCUGCUCCUGCCGCUUCCGCUCCUGCCGCUGCUGCCAUCCCGUCUGCUGCUCCUUCCGCUGCUGCUGCUUCACCUGCUGCGCCCAUGAAUACCCACCCAUGCCGCCCACCCAUGCCACCCCCGCACGCCGUCAACCCGCCCCAGUACAUGCACAUGCCGCCCCAAAACACGCCAAUGCCGCCCCAAAACACGCCAAUGCCGCCCCAAAACACGCCAAUGCCGCCCCAAAACACGCCAAUGCCGUCUCAGGCGUCACCCGUCCCUCCCAGCUGCACCUGCCCUGUCCACCACCCCCAGCACCAGCAGCACCAACACCAGCACUACCCCCACCACCAACACCAGCACUACCCCCACCACCCACACCAGCCCCAGCAGCAGCAGCAGCAGCCCCACCCCAGUCCUCCCCCCUCCGCCUUUGCCCCUCCGCCCUCACCUGCGCCCGUCUGCCCCCCUGCUUCGUUGCACGCGCCUUGGAGUGGCGCUGCAGGGUGCCCUGGCGGCACGGCGAUUGCCGUUCACUACCAGCCGGACACGCUGACUCAGCACGGGAUGACCACUCAGCAUGGCGUGGUGAGUCAGCAAGGGGUGGUGAGUCAGCAACGGGUGGUGGUGAGUCAGCAAGCUUCAGCAGGACAGCAGUCCCUCACACCCCCAUCUCCCCUUCUCCGCCUGCCCUCCU